AUGACGACGAUACAAGAGGUUAGUAAAGAGCGGGAUGGCAGUGGGCCGUUGUUCACGUUAGUACUCAGGUACCUACCUACCUACCUAGGUAGGCACACGCCAGGAACGCAACCCAAGACAGUCAUCAUUCUCGUCAUCAAAUAUCCAAAUCCCUACCCUUUCACUAUUGAUAACUCCAUCACUCCGGCCGCCGAGGCUGCUGCUCGGCACCCCAGCCGCCCCAUCUCGGAAACAGAUGCAUCGCAAACUGUUUCACUUGAGCUUAUCUUUACCUCGUCCAAAUCAGAGUUCCGCUCCCACAAUCAUGCAGCCAGCAUCAUGAUCCAAGGCAUCUUCUACGCAAGGUUCUUUCCACAAGAGGGAUGCAUCACCCCCGCCGAAAACUCGACUCGCCCGCCACUCAUCGACUUUGACGUCCUCCAAGAGUACAUCAUCCCCCGUCAGGCCUUUUGCAACCGCUACGUCACCAUCAACUCGCCCGACGGCAAGUACACCAUCCUCUGCCACCCAGUCGUCAUUGCGCACACUAAGUAUCUGCGCAAUGAGUUCAUGUUCAACUUUGGCCUCCUCGUCGAGGCCGACGUCGACCACGCCGCCUACGAGCGCGUCGUCCGCUGCCUCGCUACCACCUUUUCCGAGAUGGAGAAGCAAAACGAGUAUCUCAGCCUGAGCCAGAAUUCUCAGCCCGUCGCUGCUGCUGCCGCCGCCGCCGCCGCUGCAGCAGCACCAGCGACAGGCAGCCUGAGUGACAGCGACCAUGCGUCCACCGCCCGCCGUCCCAUUGAAAGUCUGCUCGAGAUCAUCAAGGAGGAUCUCAACAAUUAUGGCGAGUGCAUGAUUCCUGUUGAUGAAGCCAACACCAUCAACAUGAAGCUCUUUCCCCAUCAUGUCACGCCACCCCCCGUCAAGGGCUGGCACGUCCCCGUCGCCAAGACCAAGUUCGCCGACAUUGUUGACCCGACCUGGGACCUGACCCUGCAGCGCGUCAUCGAAAAAAUUGACGGCGUCUCCGAUGUCCGCCGCAUCGCCCACGAGGCUUCCGUCUCUCUCGAGCUCGCCAAGACGGCCCUCCGCCACCUCCUCUACUACGACACCAUUCUGCUCCUUGACAUCUUCUUCUUCGGAUCCUGUUACUCGCCCCGUCCUGGAAUCCACGACUUUGUUGAGAACGUCGACGGCAUGGUCGACGAAUGCGCCGGCUACGUCUCCCAUGGCGCCGCUCGCGUCAGCAACUUUAUGCUCAUCAAGCUCAUGAUGUCCUUUGGCCCCGGCAAGAGUGUCAAGGAGUGGCUCAUGGCACACCAGGACUCCGGCUUUGAUGUCAUCAAUUACGUUGACAUUCGCCGCUUUGUCCAGUUUGGCGUCAUCAAAGGCUGCCUCUACCGUGUCCACAAGUAUGUCGUUUCCAAACAGUACAUUGCUGCACUCGCCACCGGGCAGACCCGACCCGUCGACGACGACACCGCCGAUCCGCUACAGAAGUACACAGACGGUUGUCACCACUUUGACCAGAUUAUAACGGAGCGCAAUCUGACCAAUGACGAAAUCAUUGACAAGCUGAAGCAGCUUCCCGUCCCCAAGGGCGAUUUGGCCGUUUUCUACAGAUGA